UUGCUAAAAAAAAUCCUGUGCUUGCGCUUGUAGUAUAUAUUCUAAGUUUUUGUUCUCUUUGUUUCAUGGGCGAGAUAGAUGGAGGCUUUUGGUUUUUUAUGAGGUAUGGUUCCAAGGCUGGUGAAUGAAAUAUAACUGGUUAUCUUGUCUUUGGGUAGUCCGGGGGAAUGCAGUAGAUGCUUUAUUUUAUAAAGUGUUGAUUUACCCAAGGAAGGUUUAGAGAAGAUUUAUUUUUGCUAGGGAAAAAAAUCUGACCUGCCUCCCUUAAAUUUUUCAGCAGUUCAAUCUGUCCUACUCAAGUUAAGAAAGUCUGUAGCCAAACAAAGUUUAUUGGACUUGAGAGUUGCAGCUGGAGUUAGGCAACAUUUUUGAAUUAGCUAUAGUGAACCUAUGGGUAGGGGGUAGUGUUGUCUGUAUCAGAAGUGGAAUGGAAGAUCGUUAACCCUCUCAAGAACUUCAUUUCUGCCCAACAAGAGGUUUUGGCAUAGAGUCCAGUAGACUUUGGAAGUUUCCGAAUAUUUUAAGUUGGCUAGUUCAAACUUUUAUGGGAAGGGAGCAGUAAAGGACAAGAAUGGACAGGCUACCCUGCAGACCCAGUGUGUGGGAGGCACCUUCAAAGACUGAUGUGAGACCCCAUUGGGAAUGGACAGGGAUCAGGAGUAUGGUCAUCAUGAAGCAUUGGUUUGACAGUUCUUGACAGACCCCAGCACAACUGCAGGCCAAGUUGUCAUGGAUGAUGAUGAUGACUCGUGUCUCCUUGAUCUUAUUGGAGACCCACAGGCAUUGAACUAUUUUCUACAUGGACCUAGUAAUAAAUCGAGCAAUGAGGACUUGACUAAUGCAGGAUAUUCUGCAGCCAAUUCAAAUUCAAUUUUCGCCAACUCUAGUAAUGCUGAUCCUAAGUCAUCCCUCAAAGCUGUAAGCAGCCAGCUUGGAGAAGGGCCCAGUGAUGGACUGCCACUUUCAAGUAGCCUUCAGUUUCUUGAAGAUGAACUUGAGUCUUCUCCUCUUCCUGAUCUCAGUGAGGACCAACCUUUCGACAUUCUUCAGAAAUCCUUGCAGGAGGCCAAUAUCACUGAACAGACAUUGGCAGAAGAGGCAUAUCUGGACGCCAGUAUAGGUUCAAGCCAACAGUUUGCACAAGCUCAGCUUCAUCCCUCUUCAUCAGCAUCCUUUACUCAGGCUUCUAAUAUUUCUAAUUACUCAGGUCAGACGCUGCAGCCUAUAGGGGUGACUCAUGUGCCUGUUGGCACAUCGUUUGCAAGCAAUACAGUGGGUGUGCACCAUGGCUUUAUGCACCACGUGGGGAUCAGUGUGCCCAGCCAGCAUUUGUCUAAUAACAGUCAGAUUAGUGGUUCUGGUCAAAUACAGUUAAUUGGGUCAUUUGGUAGUCAACCUUCCAUGAUGACUAUUAAUAACCUAGAUGGAUCUCAAAUCAUAUUAAAGGGUGGUGGGCAACAAGCCCCAUCAGAUGUGAGUGGAGGGCUUCUGGUCCACAGACAGACUCCUAAUGGCAGCUCCUUGUUUGGGAGCUCCAGUUCCAGCCCAGCAGCACAGCCUGUUACCGUUCCAUUUAAUAGCACAAAUUUCCAAACAUCUUUACCUGUGCAUAACAUCAUCAUACAAAGGGGUCUUGCACCAAAUUCAAAUAAAGUCCCAAUUAAUAUCCAGCCAAAGCCUAUCCAAAUGGGUCAGCAAAACACAUACAAUGUGAACAAUUUGGGAAUACAGCAGCACCAUGUUCAGCCAGGGAUCUCGUUCGCCUCUGCGAGCUCACCCCAGGGCUCAGUGGUUGGUCCGCACAUGUCGGUGAACAUUGUAAACCAACAGAACACAAGGAAGCCAGUCACCUCGCAGGCCGUGAGCAGCGCUGGGGGCAGUAUCGUUAUUCAUUCUCCCAUGGGCCAGCCUCACACACCCCAGAGUCAGUUCCUCAUACCUACAAGCCUUUCCGUCAGUUCCAACUCGGUACACCACGUCCAGACCAUAAAUGGGCAACUUCUUCAGACUCAACCCUCUCAGCUCAUUUCUGGCCAAGUGACCUCAGAGCAUGUCAUGUUGAACAGAAACUCUUCCAGCAUGCUCAGGACCAACCAACCAUAUUCUGGACAGAUGCUGAACAACCAGAAUACUGCCGUCCAGUUAGUGUCUGGGCAGACGUUCGCCGCCUCUGGAAGUCCAGUGAUAGUCAAUCAUGCCUCUCCUCAGAUCGUUGGUGGGCAGAUGCCCUUGCAGCAGGCAUCGCCAACCGUCUUGCAUCUGUCCCCUGGGCAGAGCAGCGUCUCCCAAGGAAGACCUGGCUUCGCCGCCAUGCCCUCGGUGACAAGCAUGUCAGGACCUAGUCGGUUCCCUGUUGUCAGCUCAUCCAGCACUGCCCAUCCUAGUCUUGGGGCUGCGGUUCAGUCUGGUGCAUCAGGAUCAAACUUUACGGGAGAUCAGCUGACCCAGCCAAACAGGACUCCAGUACCGGUCAGUGUGUCUCAUCGUCUUCCAGUUCCUUCUUCCAAAUCUACUAGCACCUUCAAUAACACACCUGGAGCAGGAAGCCAGCAACAGUUCUUCUGUCAGGCUCAAAAAAAAAGUUUGAAUCAGACUUCCCCCAUUUCUGCUUCCAAGACUGCAGAUGGCCUGAGACAAGCGCCCAUCCCAGGCCUCUUGAGCACAGCACUGCCAGGACAGGAUUCUGGAAGCAAAGCUAUACCGGUGUCCUUAGGAACCACACAACCACAGCAGGAAAAAGUCGUUGGAUCAUCUCCUGGCCAGCCAGUUGUGCAGGUGGACAGUCAUUCGGGAGGACAAAAGAGGCCUGCUGCAAAACAGCUAACGAAAGGAGCUUUCAUUCUCCAGCAGUUACAGAGGGACCAAACCCACACGGUGACACCUGAUAAAAGUCAGUUCCGAUCACUCAGUGACGCAGUGCAAAGGCUGCUCUCCUACCAUGUGUGCCAGGGCUCCAUGCCCACGGAGGAAGACCUGAAGAAAGUUGACAAUGAAUUUGAAACAGUUGCCACUCAGCUCCUAAAAAGGACCCAAGCUAUGCUUAACAAGUACAGAUGCCUGCUCCUGGAAGAUGCCAUGCGGAUCAAUCCCUCCGCUGAGAUGGUGAUGAUCGACAGAAUGUUCAACCAAGAGGAAAGAGCUUCUCUGUCCCGGGACAAGCGUCUGGCACUUGUAGACCCCGAGGGCUUUCAGGCUGAUUUCUGUUGUUCCUUCAAACUCGAUAAAGCUGCUCAUGAGACGCAGUUUGGCAGGAGUGACCAGCACGGCAGUAAAACAGCCAGUUCCGUGCAUCUGACGGCCAAGGCCCAGAGCAGAGACAGAGCCAAAGCAGGCGCGGCAGAACCCACAAAUCAUGACCAGUUUCAUCUAGUGCCUAAUCACAUCGUGGUCUCCGCAGAAGGAAACAUUGCUAAAAAAACCGAAUGCCUCGGCAGAGCACUGAAAUUUGACAAAAUGGGCUCAGUUCAGUACCGGAGUGCGUCUGAAGAGAAAACCAGCCGGAAGGACUCCGUGAAAGGCAGUGAGUGCUCUCCCGGCCCUGAAGGGCACCGGAAGAACUCGUCCAGACCAGAUCACGGUCCUGAGAGCAAACUCUCAAGCCUCCUAGUAGAUUCGCACCUGGAGAUGACGUGUAAUAGCUCCUUCCAGGACAAGACUCUGCGGAAUUCUCCAAAGAAUGAAGUUUUACACACAGACAUCAUGAAAGGGUCAGCCGAGCCCCAGCCUGAUCUCCAGCUCACUAAGAGUUUAGAAACAACGUUUAAGAACAUCUUGGAACUCAAAAAGGCGGGGCGGCAGCCCCAGAGUGACCCCACGGUUAGCGGCUCUGUUGAGUUAGAUUUCCCCAACUUUUCUCCAAUGGCUUCGCAGGAAAACUGCCUGGAAAAGUUCAUCCCGGACCACAGUGAAGGCAUUGUAGAAACUGACUCCAUUUUAGAAGCAGCUGUAAAUAGUAUCCUAGAGUGUUAAUAGCCGCAGUCCUCCCCCACCUGCCCCUGAGACCCUGCCCCGGACAAGUUACAUUCUUUCCUGGCAAAAGCAAUGGAAAUGGUCUCCUGUCUCCAGCCUGCUUGAUCUUUCAUCACAGCUUAUUCUUUCUAAUCUCAAUCCCAUUCUUUGUUUAAGAGCAAUACUCGUCGUGGUUACAGGGAGAUCCUUCAGUAAAACUGAUCCUUGUUAGAAAGCAGUCUGAUGGGCCCUACACAUUUCAAGUGUUUUGAAAGUGCUUAUAGUCAUUUUUUUGUUUGUUUUUGUUUAUCUGUUUUAUUUUUUUUAAACACUGUAACUCAAUGAGAUCACAGUACACUAGGCCCUGGGUAAAAUUCUGACAAUCAUAAGUCAUUUGAAAAGAACAGACUUAUUAAAGAAAAUCAAACAGGACUGAUAGAAGAUACUUUCUAAAGAAAUCCCACUGCAUCUCCAAAUUUUGGCUUUGGGGGGUUCUUGGGGUGUCAUGGGCCGGGAGACCACAUGGCUCUCCCCUUGGCCGCCUCCGAGCAGUUAGUCCUGGCUGCUCUGCCAGGACCCACGGCCCUGGCGUGAGCACCUGUAGCGCACAAGCAGGGCUUCCUGUUCAUCGUUCAAGUGCUUUUCUGAUGCUCCCGGAGCAAAACCUCACCUCUUCAGCAUAUCCGCGUUGAGUUUCAUCUAGGGAAUACUUUGUUUUGAGUUGCGACAGCACGACUUGAGAUAAUCUCACCAGGCGAAAUAAAAGAAAAUGGAAACCAGUUAAGUGGCACAGUGUACAGGGGAGGCCAGGAUAGAGCCAUGAGGUUUAUAAUAUGUAUAUAUGUAAAAGCAUAUAUAUGUUAACUAUUGAGAAAAAACAAGGGUUUUGCGUUCUAUAAUUGGAUCUAGGCAGCAUACAAUGUAUGUUUUUGUUGGUUGCUGGGUUUUGUUGCAUUUAACCUCUCUUUGCACCCCUCCCACAACAAAUAGGCAAGCGUCAAAAGUAUUUUCAUUUGAAAACUAUGUUGUAAUUUUUCAGUUUAAACGUUAAGGGGACUUUGGCCUUGUUUCUGCUUCUUGUUGUCUGAGAACAGUAGUCACCCCUGGCAGCAAUCAUUACCAAAACACAGACAAACCAAAGGUAACCAGCCAGCCCACCACUGAGAGGAAAGAUCUGAGACCCGGGAUUCCCACUUGAGAGCCAAAGGACAUUCCCUGCCAUAGUUUGUGUUUGGCCCACGUUCAUGUUCGUGAACGUGAUUUAUUGCUUUAUUUAUUUAUAUUUCUUUUCAGGGAGCUUUCCCCAGUUUCCUUUCUUGUAUACCUGCCCCAGGUCAUCCCGUUUCUGUUGACACUUUCAUUCUCAAUGUCAUUGUAACCAUCAGUAUCUCCUAGCAUUGGGAAAGCUACAUAUGGUAUUUUGUAUGUACCCUCUUACAUACAUGUGUGCGUGCGUGUGUCUGGGCUGUUCAGAUCCAGAGGUCAUUUUGGCGACAGUGUGUACACGCUCACCCUCCCUGUUAUGUGCACGGGCUCUCAUUUAUUCUGUCCGUCUCUCUGGCUUUAGAGGCACAACCCGUGUUGCGCCACUCUAACAUGUGCCAAGAUCCGCUUCUGGCCAUCCCCAGAAUGGGGAUGGCCCCCCUGUCGUCCUGUUGGGCAUUUCUCUUCCAGGUUGGCCUGCAAUGGAAAGGAAGGCUUCUGAUUACUAGAAAACACAGUAACAGAAGACCUAGACUCUCCCUGCUCCUUAGUCCCCCAAACAAAGAAACCCUGUGAGACAGCCAGUCUUCACAAAAGCAAAACACCUUCUCCCCACUCCCACCCCUGAGCCAAUAGAAAUUGGAAAAUCUGGGCCAUUUUACGGUGACCAUGUUUUCCUUAUUUGUGCCAAUGUCCAAGUUGCAGAUUUCCCCUUCUUCCUGUAUUGUAACAUAUUAGAAAGAUAAGUUGGUAUUGCCAGUUGGAACUUUCUGUUUGGGUAGCCCUGGGGUAACACCCUGCCCUGAACCCCAUGAUUUCAUAGGCUCUUCUCUUAGGGCUCAUGCUCCCCUAAUUCCUAGCAAGACUUAAAGAUGGUCCCUCCUGAUCAAAUUCUUCUCAUUGUGGAAAUUUAUACGUAGAAGCCUUCACGGAGGCUACUAAUGAGUUACACUAAUUACUGAAUCAGUGGAAUGCUUAAGAGACAAGAUAAGCUCCAUGUACGUUUGUCACCUCUCUUUCUUCCCUACCCUGCCCUGCUACCCCAGUCCCAACUUUUCGAUAUACCAUCUUAAAGGGUUUUUUAAGCCUUGACACUUGUCUAGAAAACGGAGAGCCUAAUUUACCAAAAUGAAACUUGUAAAUUUUUGUGUCCUUGUAUGUAAGUUUACUUUUUAUGGAGGAAAGAUUCUAGAUAAUGACAAAUGACGAUUAUGAAAUGUAUUUUACUCCUGUGAUUAGGUCAUAACUCGCAUGUCGAGGCCCCUCUGGUGGAGGGUGAGAGCUCAGCCUCGGAUGGCCAACAUUCAGUUGUUCAGAUUCAUUAGUCAAAGUUAAGUUUUAGAGCUACUCAUACUCAGUAACAAAAAUCAUUUUCUUUUCUUUUUUUUUUUUUUUUUUCCUGUUGUGGAAAAGUGUGAAUUUGUUAUUAAGCAUUUGAUUUUCUGUGUCCUUAAGUACUGCCUAAAGAUAAAGCAAAUUUUAAACUGGCAAUUACGAAAAAGAACUAUUUUAGCGCUGAAGAAUUUAGCAGACUUUGUUAGAUUAGGGAGGCCUUACAGACUGACUUGACUUAAAGAGGACGCGUCACUCACUGUCAGUGUGGUGUGGGCUUUAUUUGCUUAAAUACCUUCAUUUGUAUAGUAUGUCUCACUUGAAAUUGCUUUGUAUACAUUUUGUAAAAAUAUUUAUAAAAUGUUUUGUAAAAAAAAAGUAUAACAAAUUGCAGUUUAUUUUGUUAUGUUGGAUAAAUACUGUUAAAAGAAACCAGUCAGUAACUAUAUUGUUAAUCCAUGGUUAGGAAAUGUUUAGUUGGAGAUUACAAAAUGAAACAACCAUUGCAAUACAGCCAAAGAUUUGGGAAAAUGUGCAACUGUGAUUGUCUUGAUUUUGCAAAGAGGAAUGGCUGCUUUUCCCAGAAGAAAAGGGUAAGUAAAUGUCCAGUGGGAGUUCUGUUAUCAAAUACCAUUACCAAAGAAUACCCCUGCCAGUGAGGGGGUAGGAUUUUAACUG